GUCUAUAUCGAUGGCUACAGGAAACUGGACAAGAGUAAAUGAAUUUAUCCUCAUGGGCUUCUCUUCGCUGCCUGCUGAAAUACAGUUGUUGCUCUUCCUGGCAUUCCUAACCAUCUACCUGGUCACCCUGAUGGGAAACAGCCUCAUCAUUCUGCUUACCUUGGCUGACCCCAUGCUGCACAGCCCCAUGUAUUUCUUCCUCAGGAACUUGUCUUUCUUGGAGAUUGGCUUCAACCUAGCCAUCGUUCCCAAAAUGCUGAGUACCCUGCUUAUCCCAGACACAACCAUCUCCUUCCUUGGCUGUGCCACUCAGAUGUACUUCUUCUUCUUCUUUGGGGUAUCGGAAUGCUUUCUCCUGGCCGCCAUGGCAUAUGACCGCUACACAGCCAUCUGCAGUCCCUUGCAUUACCCAGUUAUCAUGAACCAAAGGACAUGUGCUAAACUGGCUGCUGCUUCCUGGUUUCCAGGAUUUCCUGUAGGUAUUAUGCAGACCACGUGGCUCUUCAGCUUUCCAUUCUGUGCCACCAACAAGGUGAAUCACUUCUUCUGUGACAGCCCACCUGUGCUGAGGCUGGUCUGUGCAGACACAGUAUUUUUUGAGAUCUAUGCCAUUGUGGGAACCAUUCUGUUUGUCAUGAUACCCUGUUUGUUGAUCGUGUGUUCCUACACUCGCAUCGCUGCUGCCAUCCUCAAGAUUCCGUCUGCUAAAGGCAAGCAUAAAGCCUUCUCUACCUGCUCCUCCCACCUCCUUGUUGUCUCCCUCUUCUAUGUAUCUUUAAGCCUCACCUACUUUCGGCCUAAAUCAAAUAAUUCUCCUGAAAGCAAGAAAUUGUUAUCGUUGUCCUACACUGUUGUGACUCCCUUAUUGAACCCCAUUAUCUACAGCCUGAGAAAUAAUGAGGUGAAGAAUGCCCUCAGCCGGACCUUUCACAAAGCCCUUGCCCUCAGAAAUGGUACUCCUAAAGACAUUAUCGGGUAA